AUGAGCCAGCGCCUUGCAACCGAGCUCAGCCCUCGCCCCAGCAACGUUCCACAUGCGAGGGACGUGAGCAGCUUCCUCGAGAAGCACCAGGAGACUUUCGAGUCCCGGGUGGGCGAGCGCAUCGCCGUCCUGGAGGACACGUUGACGCGGCAGAUCCAGGGCUCCCUGGAGCGUUUGGAUCGCCACGGAUCUGAGACCUGGCGGAGCUGCCUUCAGCGCAUGGCUUCUCUGGAGGAGAAAGUAGUUCUCCAAUCCGACAUCGUGCGCAUCGUGGAUCGCACUUUGGCCGAG